AUGAGAUAUGGACACUAUGAGUUUUUGGUAAUGUUGUUUGGACUUACCAAUGCUCUAGCAACAUUUAUGGAUUUGAUGAAUAGGGUUUGUAAACCUUUCCUCAACAAAUUUGUAAUAGUGUUCAUUGAUGAUAUUCUCAUAUAUUCGAAGAGCCAGCAGGAGCAUGGAAAACACCUAAGAGAAGUGUUAGAAGUUCUGAAGAAAGAGAAGUUGUACGCAAAGUUCUCCAAGUGUGAUUUUUGGAUUCGGGAAGUCCAAUUCUUGGGUCAUGUGAUUAACCAAGAAGGAAUAAUGGUUGACCCAGCAAAGAUCAAAGCUGUAACGAAGUGGGAACGACCAAAAAGUCCCACUAAGAUUCGUAGUUUUCUAGGAUUAGUUGGAUAUUAUAGAAGGGUUAUCCAAGGCUUUUCUUCAGGAGUUGCUCCCUUAACAGCUUUGACCCAUAAAGGAGCUAGAUAUACGUGGAUCGAGAAGCACGAAGAAGCUUUUGAGAAGCUAAAGAAGAAUUUGUGUGAAGCACCGAUUCUUUCUUUACCUAAAGGAAUUAAAGACUUCACAGUUUAUAGUUAUGCAUCUAGAGUCCGGUUAGGUUGUGUUCUAACCUUGAGAGAUAGAGUAAUUGCAUAUGCAUCUCGAUAA